UUUAACUACAUCACUGUAUCACUACACACAUCACACAUGAACAAUAAACCAAUUGACAUUGACAACUAAAAUCCACUCCACCGUUAUUUCCAUUGUCAAUAAACUGUUUAAAUAAUAAUUACAAUAAAACUGAUAUUUAAAUUUACUAAUUACACGCGAAGCAGAGGUUGGACUUAACUGUCAAGGUUACGUCUCGGUAAUAUUUAUUUUAACGUCGGAAAAUCAACAAUCUGGCCGCAGUAUCUCAGAUUUUUAAAAAAUGAGUGAAUGUAACUGACAGUUGUCAAUUUUUUAAAUUUCUCAAAGUAAAUAAAUAAAACGUAAUUAAUAAUUUCUAUGUGGCUCCAUGAAUAUUCGACCUGCCCAAUGGACCAAUUAUUUGAAGAUUUAGUGAAAGAAUUAAAGCACAUAGCACCUGGAGCGCGUCUGUCCUAUUCAAUAAGAAAUCGUCUGGAGCAUCAAAAAAAAUUUAUACGAAAAGAAAUAGUGAAUCGCAUAAAAGAUGACUGCGCUCCGUUAUUUAUUGCCUGCAAAAGCGGUCACGUGGAGAUUGUGGAAUAUCUGAUAACAGUAUGCAAUGCUGACAUUGAGCAACGUGGGAUGUAUGAAGUACCUGACGAUAGAUCUGUUCACUUCGUAACACCUUUAUGGUGUGCUGCUGUUGCUGGUAAACUGCCUGUAUUGAAGUGUCUUGUGUCCCAUGGUGCUGAUGUCAAUGCAGUGUCCGACACUGGCUCGACACCCGUAAGAUCCGCCUGCUUUAUGACACACUUAGAUAUUGUGGAGUAUUUAGUUGAAAAUGGUGCUGAUAUUCUGCUAGCAAAUUAUAAUGGAGGCACAUGUUUAAUAAAUUCUGUUCAAAGCGUCGAGCUGUGUACAUUUUUAUUGAGAAAUGGUAUUGAUGUUAAUGCAAGAGAUAUACAAAAUAAGACUGCUUUACAUUAUGCAAUACAAGAGCAUAGAUUUGAAACAACAAAAUUACUUUUAGCGUACAACGCUGAUCCACAUUUGAGAUCAAGAUAUAACGAUGAUGCAUUGCAGACCGCGUGUCUCAAGGAGGCCACGCAAAUAUUCGAUUAUUUAAUCGAGAACGUGCAUUAUUCACCAGAAAGUCUAGCAAAUGCCCAUGAGUUAAUGGGCUCGACGUUUUUUGAUGAACAUAACGAUGCACAGACGGCAUUAAAGUACUGGCGCAAAGCAAUGGCGAUAAGAAACGCCAAUCUAGUCGAUGAUUUACCACUGCCGAAGAAACCACAGAUGCCAAAGAGAGAUUGUUUUAGAAAUAUCGAGGAAUUUUCUACCCUAGAUGAACUCAACGCUAUCGCAUAUGAUCUUGACGCCAUACGGAUCCAGAGCUUGUUAGUUUGCGAGCGAAUACUCGGUGAGCAUCACAAAGACACACUUUAUAGACUGAUGUAUCGGGGUGCUGCUUACGCUGACGCUUUGCGAUAUCAAUAUUGCAUUGAUUUAUGGCGACGUGCAUUAGAAAUUCGUGUUAAAAAUGAUUCCAUACUUUUUACUGAUACCUGUUUUACGGCACAAGCAAUUGUGAGAAUAAUGAUUGAUUUAAAUGAAUCAAUGGAACCUAAUGGUGAUAAAGAAGGCCCUAAAUAUUCAGAUGUUGUUGGUGUAUUUGAAUUACUGUCAUGUCAAAUUAUUGAAGCAAGACAAUGGCUUCAGCAACAUCCGAUUCAUAGAAAACAACAAGACAAUUACGACCGUAUAUUAAAAUGUGUAACACAUUUGAUAUAUUUAUUAAUACAAACAGCACAAACGGAUGAACAGAAAGCGGAAACGCGUCAACUUGUACAUAAAUUCGUUAAGCAAAAUCCCCGAUCAGCAUUUACUGGGGAUACGUUAUUACAUUUAUGUCUGUCGAGUAUAAAUACUAUUUCAUCGAGUUAUUUUAAUUCGGAAAUUACUCAGGUAAUCUUCCCAGAAAUAGAUACCGUGACAUUAUUACUAGAAUGCGGCGCUCAUGUAAAUGCUAAAAAUGAAUUACGUUCAACUCCACUUCACGUCGCAAGUAAUGUUUACAAUUUUCAAAACGAGCUAAUUAAAUUAUUACUAGAUUACGGAGCACAUUUGGAUACUCCGAAUUAUAUUGGAGAUACACCCGCCCGUUUCAUAAGAAAAAAUCCUCACAAUAGUGUAAAUCUCGUUAAUUACAUGACACUUUGCUGUUACGCAGCACAAGCGAUAUUGAAACACAAAAUUCCGUGCAAAGAUUUGCCCGUGACGUUGCAUGAAUUUUUGGAAUUUCAUCGGGAGUAAAAAUAAUUAAAAUUAAAACUGAACUUUAUCAGUCUUAUCAAUAAAACGCGAAUUAAACGGUAAAGGAUCAAUAUAAAUAUAUACAUAUAUUUACACGUAUUAAAUAAAAGAGACAAAAAAAGAGAAUUAAUAAAUUUCUAAGUAUUGGCUUUAGUUAAUUACUAAUUAAUUAAAUAAUUAAAAAAAAUUUAUAUCGUUAAAUAAUUUUUAAAGACUGUUUUGUUAAUUUUUAUUGUUUCUCUUUGUCUUUAUUACCAUCACAUUAAUUUUAUUAAAACAAAUAUAAAAAACAUCACAUAAUUAUCGUUACUAAAAAUAUCAAAUAUAAUUAAUUAUUAAUUAAUUAAUUAAAUUUAUACUAAGAAAGAUCUAAUGUAAGAUCUGAGUGAUAAUAUACAUUUUAAGGGAUAGUUAUAAUAUAAAUAAUAAUAAAAUAUAUGUGUUCGCGUUACAAAAAUAUGACACAUUGUUCAAAAUAAUUUUUUUUAUUUGUAAAUUUAAAAUUUUUUAAAUUUCAGUGCUAAUACUUUUUUACAUUUAAAUUAUUUACAAUUAUAAUUAUAAAUUAUUGUCAUAGUUAAAUUUAUUGAUAGAUCGAUUAUCAUUAUUAUUAUUAUUGAUAUUUAUAAUAAAUUUACGGCUUAAUAAAUUGAGCAAUUUAAUGAACAUAUAUUUAUAUUUAUACAGUAUGAAAAAAUAUAAAUGUAAUGACUAAUAACCAGGUGGUUGUUGUUAUAGUAACGGCAUUACUGCUACUGACACGUAUGUAAGCAUCGACUACGUGAAUUUUCGAGCCCAUGUUCGCGUGCGUAAAUGAAUUGUAGUAAACAGUAUCAGGCCAACUUGAAUUAGGAGUUACUUCUAGUACUCCACCGUCACCUUAAAUUUAAAAAAAAAUUACAACAGGCUGCUAGUAAUUAAUUAAUUAAUUAAUUAAUUUAAAAGUAAAAAAUAAAUUACCUGAUUCGCAAGUAUGAAUUAAUGUACGAUUAAAUUUUUGAAAGGAUUUAAAAUCAUCGUCGAGCCGACGAUCACGAUCUCCAUGUUUGCUAACACAGAGUGGACCGACGGCAGUAGGUCUUGGUCUACCUCGGCGCGUAAAUUCGACACCGGCUAGUACUCUGACUUUAGACUGAGCGACAUCUGAUAAUCUGUCAUACCCACCGUGUGGCUCGUCGGUGAUAAUCAAUGGGUGAUAAAAAUUAGGACUGUGAGGAUUAUUCCCGCCGUAUACACGGAAACUGUACGUCAAUCCCCGUCGUAAAUAUAAUUCUGGCGCCAUCAGCCCGUUUAUAUACCAGACGUACCCCAUCGACGUGUGUCCGGUCAUUCCUUGGUAGCCUUUUUUUCCACCAGAAGGUCCUAUCGUUCCUUUGAAUGUCCUGAUGCUGCGGUCAAAUAUAUCCAGUUUUUCCCAGGGUUCUACAAGUUUUUUAUUUAUUUCCGUAAAAUCAACGCAGGUAUUUUCGGGCUCGACUCGAUUCAACUCAAGUCUCAAACUUGUUUUCGGAUAAUAAUCAUGAAAAUUCGGUUCUUUAUUUUCAUCUAAACGACCUAGGGCCCAGACUACAUAAACAGGACGGUCUGUUGGAAAUUCUUUGUCUCCAGAAUCAG